CUCCAUUCGUGAUUCUGAUGACAACACAACAAUCCCCCUUCCAAUGUCACUUCCCCGGGUGUGGCCUAAGCUAUCGACGGAAGGAACAUCUGACCCGACAUGCUAAAAACCACUUUCAAACAGAUCGUUUCGAAUGCUCCUUCUGUGAUCGGGUUUUUGGCAGGAAUGACACGCUACGGCAGCAUGUCCGCACUCAUCAUAAAACCAAAAAGCUACAAUACCCCCGGGCGAUUCAAGCUUGUACCUAUUGUCGCUCACGACGGUCAAAAUGCGACGGACAGUCUCCCUGCGUCGCGUGCUUCCAGCGAGAAAUUCAAUGUUUAUAUACCCGAAACUCACAAGGUCGGGGAUUGGAACAAAAUCGGUCUCAAAAUCCCCACUCAAGCCCCAUACCUUCGAUAGAAUCGGACGAUGAAUUUUAUUCUCCUCCGACAGAAUCCGCGGGCCCUAUUCAACGGUCAGAAACCAUUGAAAAUAGCCCAUGUAGAGUUGCGCCAUAUGUCCAGGCUUAUUUCGACAAGUUUCACCCAAAAUGGCCAUUCUUGCACCCAGCGACGUUCGAUCCCGACAAUGAGCUGCCUUUUCUUGCUCAAUCAGUGGUGAUGAUGGGCUCGUGGGCAAUGAUGGAAAGCAAUGCACAACAGACCGCAAAAGACCUACAUAAAAGACUGACCUCGUCGAUAUACGAGCAAAGAGGAAAAUGGGACAUAUCAAAUCACCAUGACGAAUCACACUCGCAGCCUCAUGGAAUAUCUCCAUCUGGCCCCACACCCUGGCCAAUGGCAACAUACCAAGGAAUCUUAUUACACCUCAUCUUCUCCCUACUCCUCAACCACAAUCAGUUAGAUCUGGAAUUGACUCAAGUUCUCCCCGAGAUCCCCUCUCAGCUUCUCAAUUCCCUCGUGCGAACCUGUUUGAAGCGGCGCAUGUUCUUCUAUCCCUCCAUACUAGCCCAAUUCAAACCAGGAGUUGACCCCGAUGUUUUUAUUUGGCUUGGUAUUGAGGAAGUUAAGCGUUUUGACUUGUCAUUGUACAGAGUAUGCAGGCAUGCCAGGAUAUGCGACACCAUACUCUUAGAAGACGCGCCGGAUUUCAGCCCUCGGAAUGGACCACGAUCACCUGGUGGAAGCCUUCUUGCUCUGACUGACCUGCAAUUUGCGGUGCCGGACAGUGAUGAGCUCUGGCAUGCUACUUCGGAUUUGGCCGCGAAGAUCACAGGAAACGAAGCUGCGUAUACCAAUAAGAAUAUUGAAGACAAUUGGAUGUCUCAAACUGCACGAGUUUUACAGCCUGGUGAUCAACAAUUUCAGUGGAUAUAA